UCUCCGCCGGGACGCAGGAGAGCCCGGUGCGCGUCGGGACGCGAGGCGGUGCGGGCGGGAGCGGCCAAUGCGAAACUGGCUGGUGCUGCUGUGCCCGUGCGUGCUCGGGGCCGCGCUGCACCUCUUGCUGCGGCUGCGCUCCCCGCCGCCCGCCCGCCCCUCCGCGGCCGGCCAGGCAGGUCAGCCGGCCUCAUUUCCUCCGUGGAAAUCCAGUCACUACGAUGUGGUGGUUGGUGUGUUGUCAGCUCGAAAUAAUCAUGAACUUCGAAAUGUGAUCAGAAGUACCUGGCUGAAGCAUUUGCUACAACAUCCUACAUUAAGUCAACGUGUGCUUGUCAAGUUCAUAGUAGGUGCUCGUGGCUGUGACGUGCCGGUGGAGGACAGGGAGGACCCUUACUCCUGCAGACUGCUCAACAUCACCAAUCCAGUAUUGAAUCAGGAAAUUGAAGCCUUUAGCCUUUCUGGAGAAGCUUCAUCAGCGGGGCCGUCUGAGGACCGAGUCGUCAGUGUAAGCUUCCAAGUCCUCUACCCAGUCGUGAUCACUAGUCUCGGGGUGUUCUAUGAUGCCAGUGACGGGGGCUUCCAGAGGAACAUCACUGUCAAGUUGUAUCAGGCAGAACAGGAGGAGGCCCUUUUCAUUGCUCGCUUUAGUCCUCCAAGCUGUGGUGUACAAGUGAACAAGCUGUGGUAUAAGCCUGUGGAGCAGUUCAUCUUGCCAGAGAGCUUUGAAGGUACAAUCGUGUGGGAAAGUCAAGACCUCCACGGCCUUGUGUCCAGGAAUCUCCACAGAGUGACAGUGAAUGACGGAGGGGGUGUUCUCAGAGUUAUCACAGCUGGGGAGGGCGCCCUGCCUCGUGAGUUCGUGGAAGGGGUGGAAGGCGUUGCAGGAGGCUUUAUCUACACCAUCCAGGAAGGUGAUGCUCUGUUACGCAGCCUUCAUUCUCGGCCUCAGAGACUCACAGAUCACAGGAGGAAUCUGCGUGAGGAGGAUGCCUUACUGAAGGAGGAGAGCAGCACCUAUGGUGACAUUGUCUUUGUGGAUGUUGUCGACACUUACCGAAAUGUUCCUGCAAAAUUACUGAACUUUUAUAGAUGGACUGUGGAGACCACCAGCUUUGGAUUGUUACUGAAGACAGAUGACGACUGUUACAUCGACUUAGAAGCUGUAUUUAAUAGAAUUGCCCAGAAGAAUCUGGAUGGGCCCAAUUUUUGGUGGGGAAAUUUCAGGUUGAACUGGGCCGUGGACAGAACUGGGAAGUGGCAGGAGCUGGAGUACCCCAGCCCAGCCUAUCCUGCCUUUGCAUGCGGGUCAGGGUACAUGAUCUCCAGGGACGUCGUCGAAUGGCUGGCUGGCAACUCUGGGCGGUUAAAGACCUAUCAGGGUGAAGAUGUCAGCAUGGGCAUUUGGAUGGCAGCUAUAGGACCUAAAAGACACCAGGACAGCCUGUGGCUGUGUGAGAAGACGUGUGAACCAGGAAUGCUGUCUUCCCCUCAGUACUCGCCCCAAGAGCUCAGCGAGCUGUGGGAGCUGAAGGAGCGCUGCGGCGAUCCUUGUCAGUGUGAAGCGAGCGCACGGUGACUCCUCAGCAGGGGCUGCGCUGACAUCAGGAUGGAGGCUGUCAGGAGCGCUCCUGCUGGUACUUUGCUGGUCCCAGCACAGUGUUUCCUGAUGCUUGACCAUCAGCUGGGGAUGCAGCAUCAGUUCCACUUACACAUUUUAUAAAACAAGGAAUAUUUCUAAGUCUGGAUGCACUGUUACUACUUAGUAGUUCAUCAUUGUCAUUUUUGGUUCAAAAUUGGCCUAGUUCAGAAAUACUAAACAGUAACUUGGUUUGAAUCUCAACCAGAUUGCAAAGUAGCUCUGCACAGCUUAAUUAGGACAACUGCAGGCCAAAAACAUUGGCUGUGUGGUCACUUAUACCAAAGUUUGGGGUUUCUAGGAAUACCAGAUUUUGUGAAUUGUGAAAAGGAACCAAUAUAAUUCUUGGAUCUGGACCUUGGUUUUAAUAGACGUUCAUUUACAUAGUAAAUGAAUAAUACCUGUGUUUUCUUUUGCCAAUUAAAUCGUAAAGGUUCAGGUUAUACUGCUGUUAAACAUUUUUAUUCCCAUCACAAAACUUUACCUCUCAGGGAAGGGUAUUUCUAAGAUGCUGAAACUUGGAAAGAAGUAAUUUUGCUUUCCUUCUGCUAUGGCCUAAUGUUCAUCUAAUACAAGUAAGUGCAUCAGAGCCGGUAAUGCUUAGUUAAGGUAUAAAUAUAGGGAAAGCAUGCAAUUAAACACUCUUAAAAAAGUGUGCCUAAGAAGAGAAAAUAGACUGUGUGUGUUACACAUAGUAGAGGGUGUGAUUACCCACAUUUAAGGGGCAUUUCUCAGAAUAACAACCAAAUCACUUCAGUAACCUUCAAAAGCAGCAUUAUCAUAGACUUCCAUUAUACUAGAGAUUACCUAUAUUCACAUUUACACUAGUUUCUAUUUAGUAUUUAAAUUUUUACAGAUGAAAUGGUGGUAAGCUAUAAAAAUAAAGAUCAGAAAAUCCUUAGCAAUCAAAGCCUUUAUUAUUGCUAUUAAUAUAAAGCCUAGAAAUGCUCUCUUCUGCACCCCCAUACAUCAUCCUUUUAAAGUAAAUUGUAAAACCUCAUUUUUUGACACUAGAAUUGCUGCAACAAGUUCUUUCAAUUGGUUUGUUCCCAUCGCACCAGCAGACAGUCUCCAGUCUCCACAGAAUAGUAGUGUAAUGACUGUAGGUCAUUCUCUAGCCCAAUUUCUCUGCCCGGCAUCUAAAAUCAGAACCAAGGUGAAGUUUGGGUGAUUGAGACAACGGUGGCGUGGCGAGGGCAGCCCUGUGUUUAGAAUCUGGCUUACUGCGGGGAGGGGCUCGUCUCUACGCGAGCUCAGCCACUUACCUUGAGGCUUUCGUAAGACAACAGAAGUUCUGAUGCAGGAACUUUAAGAAGCAUUGACAGAAGUCUCUUCACCUUCUGAAUUGUCAUAGAGUCUAUCAAAAUAAACAUCCAAUUAGUUCUCUCAACAGUUACCUGUAGAGAUAGCUCAGGUGAGGAGGCCAUGUUAGCUGUCUUUGGUAGUACAGUUAAUGAAAACACAGAGGCUUGAAUCAUGCUACCAUUUACUUGAUCCAUUUGGGAAGUGGAGCCAAUGUUUGACCCAAGUGGCCUUGACAAUGAGUUAUGUCAUUUCCAUAGUGCUUAAUUUCCUUACUCAAUGUAGACCUCAGUCUGAGCACUGCGGAUAUCAUGCGGGUGCUGACGCGCACCUCAGCCUCGGGAAGUAGGAGGCGCAGGCUUGUGUGUCACAGAAGCCCUUCAGCCACUGUCACUGUUGGCACACUGCGUCACACACAGGACCCGCCAGUAGUGGGGAUGCAAGUUACAAGAGCAAACGCUGUUCAGAACACAUUACAGCUGCUUUCCAAAGACGGGCUGAGGUAAAUUCUGAAUAUUCUGAUGAUGAAAAUUAGUUUCUUUUAAGCUUUAGCUGAAGGUACAGCAAUAGUGUGGUGUUCCCACAAACAAUCACAAUGUAGUCAGAUAUUUUUCUAUAAAAAACUUUUGUAAAAGCUGUGUGUUUUUAUGCAACUUGUGAUAAUAAAUGUUAUAUUUUAGAAUAAAAACUGGACCUUUUGUUUGUGA